GUGGACCCAACCAGCAGGCACUCUAGUGCCGGGACGUCCCAGUGACGUGACCCCACCAUAACCCCUUACCAAGUGUGAACAAAACUCGAGUAACCAAUGGCGUCUGUAUUUAUUUAUUUAUUUAUUUAUUUAUUUUUUGCGACGUUGGUGAAGCUAUGUUUCAUAGACAGUGUGAUCUGUCACACCUGUUUUUCUCUGGUAAUAUCGUGAUAAUUUUUUUUAGACCACACCCCAGUGCACACCUCGAGGCUGUCUUAAGACCCCCUUCAAUCAACGUGCCCAAUAUCAACCAUGUGCAUGUAGGCAAUCUUUGGCGAUUGUCGUCAGAAGACAAACUAUUGGUUAGCACGCACAGCAUCCAUUCCACUAAAUUGCCUCCCGCACUGCAGUUCACACCUCCCCCUCACGUCCCACCUCUCAAAAGGUUGCCUCUCUUGGUUGGAGGAGCACUUUCACAACCUCUUCCAAUAGUCUUUCUUAAUUUAGCUGUGAGGGCAGGAGGCUCUCCCCCUAACACGUUCCCCUCCCUUCCUCUGUGCUGACAGGGGGGGAGGGGGGGAGGCUCCAACGAGGGUCCCUGUCUACAGUUUCAUUAUUACCUGCGCAGCCCUUGCAGCACUCACCACACUUGUGCGUCUGUGGGAGGACGCAGCAGCAGAAGAUAGAGGACCAGAAGCUUGCAUGUUUUUUUUUUCUUGUUCAAAUUGGGAGUUGAUUUUUUUUUUCUUUUUUGGUCUCUACUUUGUGAAAUUUAAGACAGCGAAGCAACGGACAUGGCAGCUCGUCUGCAAAGUUCACACUGGACGUGCCUCCUGUUCGUGCUCGGCGUGUGUCUCGUCUCAGCAGAGCCUUUUAACCAAGCGCACCUGUACCAGUACAAAGCCGGACCUAACGAAGACAACAUCAUCAUCGCCAACAACGGGAUCAGAGUUCCGCUGGGGAAAUCCGUGUUUUUGGAUCCCCUGAAUGACUUGGUGACUGAGGUUCAGCCCGGGGAUCGCUACCACAUCACGGUUUUGGACAACGACCCGCUGGCUCAGAGACCGGGGACGCUAACCCCCAAGAAGUUCCCUUGCUCCUUCGCGCCGGAUGAAGUGAAAUACACCCAUUUGGGGUCACGGAGCCCCAGCACGGACCGGGUGAAGCUACAGCUGCGCUAUGACUCGCAGACAGACACAGUGGUGAUCCCAUUCAUUCUUGUUCAAAUUGGGAGUUGA